GCGCGCAAAAAGAUGGCCAGCUCACCGACCAGCAUCGAAAAUCAAAUAGACAGUUUCUUGGAACAGUUCAAACGCAGUGCCUCCCGCGCUAUGGAAGAGUCUCACAGAUCCAGUUACAAUGCUUGCAGCAGUAGUAUCAGUCAUAGCCGAAGUGGAAAUUUGGAUCUUGAGCUCUUGGAAGCUGUUACUUUCUACUGCUCCUCCUGUUACUCCCUAUGCUGCGUGUAAUUUCCUUUAAUUUUCUACUAUUGAUGAUUGAUUUUUUGGGCGUUUCUUGCAUAUUUCGAUGCAUCUGCCUUUUCACGGUAUUGUUAGUUUGUACACAUUUAAACUGGAUUAUUCAUAGUGUCUGUCACGUUAUGUGUAAGUUCAUUUACUAUUUUUUUCAUUCAGGUUUAAUAUAUAUUUUCUUUAAAUUUUGUUGAUACAUAGUAUGACAGAAUCUAUGUGUAUAAACAUUUGUUUUAAUAAUAAUAAGAAUAAUUAUUCCCACGUACUUGUCUUGCAUGAUGUUAAUUAAAAAUUACAAUGUAUUUAAAGAAUUAAAAAUUGAAAGAACAGAAUUACGAUAUAUUUUACAUAUUAUUUGACUCAAUUCGUUAAAACUUUCAUUAUAUAGUAUAACAGAGAAAUAUAUUAUAUAGUAUAAUAGAGAAAUUGGUAUAUGAAUUCACAUUCGUAUUGUUUAUUUUUUAUAACAUGAAUGUAGCAAUUGAAAAGAUGCGAAUAUAUAAUUCUUUCGUAAUUUAGUGUAUUUUCAAAUCAAUAAAGUAAUAACGUAGUAGAAUUAUAUGCAAUUUGGCUUAAUCGGACACUUCUAAUACUGACAUGCUGCAAGUCACGUGCAGCUACCCCCCUUUAGGAAUCGAGCCUUUCGUGAUUGGUUGUUUCAUUUCAUCUUUACUUCUAUCAUGGAACAUUAUGGCGUCGCAUAUUCUGUUAGGUUACGAUAGAGGUCGUUGUCCGUUGUCGGUGUUUUGUGGUCAAGAGUUGUAAAACUGCGGAGUUGCAAAAUGCAUUCAACAGAAUAGUAAAAGAAGUACCAAAUCAAUUAUAUAAAAAUCCAAUUAUUCAGUGAAGCAAAAACAAAAAAGAACAAUAUGAUCCUUCGACGAAAAUCAGCUCACGGUUGCAAUUGCCCCUGCCAUCAACACUGUUCGACGAAAUGUGCAGAUGAUGUAGAGAGUAUGACAGGUGAAAUUGAAAAUGGAGAUUUGGCAAUCCGGGAUGUUGCAGACCUUCUUCAAUCACAGUAUGCUAUUAUAGCAGGUGGAAAAACUCGAGAAGGAUGUCCCAUAAUUACUUUUCCAGAUAAUGGUAAUUUUCAUAAUUUAUCUGACUUGGAUUACCAACGUCUCAUGUUGUAUCUUACAUCUGUGCCAACAUUACAAGAAGCUGACCUUGGAUUUCACUUAAUAAUUGAUAGAAGAAAUGAUAAAUGGAACUCUGUAAAAACUGUAUUAUUAAAGAUUUCUGGUUUUUUCCCUGGUUUAGUUCAUGUAGCAUAUGUUUUGCGUCCAGCUGGAUUUUUACAAAAAGCUAUUUCAGAAGUAUCAAACAAGCUGUUUAGAGAAGAUUUCAAAUUUAGAGUUAUAUUUUUAGCAAAUGUUACUGAACUCCAUGAAUUCAUAGAUAAAGAUCAACUAACUGAACAACUGGGUGGUACCUUGCCAUAUUGUCAUCAUACUUGGAUACAGAAUAGAAUUAGUUUAGAAAAAUUUUCAUCAAUGACUCAAGACGUAUCUCUCGCAUUAGAUUCUUUCACCCGGCGUUUGGCCGAAAUUGAAUUUCCUAAUAAUACAGUUGCAACUACAUCUUUACUAUCUCAACAACAAAUAGAAUAUAAUGAAUUAAAAGAAGAAAUUCUUAGUGCUGCAAGACAUGGUGAAGCACUAUUGGAUAGUGUAAGGCAAUUAACUGGCAAGGGAACAGCUGAUAGAUUAGGAAAUGUUGCAGCAAUAGAAAGAUUACUUGUUCAAUUGGAAGAAACAGAACGUACUUUUGACUUGUUUUGGACACAUCAUAGCUCUCGUUUGAGACACUGCUUAGCAUUAAGACAAUUUGAAGCAGACUUCAGAGAGCUGCAAGCAACAUUAGAUCAACAUUUAAAAACUAUAGAAGAAAUGACAGAAGUAGGAGAAACUCAAGCAAGAAUCGAGCAGUUACUUUGUGACACAUCAGCAUUUCAAAGAAUAUGUAGAGGAGAUAUAGAACGAGCGGAGGAGGUAAUAUCUGCUGGUCAACAGCUAUUAUCUGGAAGACAUCAAUGUCCUACAGAUGUUGUAGAACCAAAAUGCGUUGAACUACAAAGAAUUUGUACCAUUCUAAGUCAAAAAUUAGAAAGACGAUUACAUAUGUUAACUAAAUGCAGGGAACUUAUGGAACGUAUAGACAAGGCAAACACAUGGUGUACACGUGGUAUAGAAUUACUUGCAUCACAAAAUAACACGACACCACCUGAUCAAGCACUUCAGGAGUUACAAGAGUUAAUAGAAGCUGCUGAAGAAUUUCAUCAUCCUAGAUGUAUUUUUCAAGAUUCUGUAAUGCCUGAAACUAAGGCUCUCAUUAGUCAAGUUUUACAAAGAAUAGAAGAUGUGUCUUUAAUGUGUGAUAAAAGAAUAAUGACAUUAAAACAGCAAUUAAUUAAACCAGCAAGGCCAGUUCAAACUGUAACACCUGAACCAGUUAAACCAUUACAAUCACUGCCUCAAAUUGUUAAACCUGGAAGAAUUCUUAAAAAGGCUAACACUAUGCCAAAGAUGGAGAUGAGUCCUAUAGAAGGGGAAUCUUCAUCUCCAGAAAGUGAAUCUAAAGACGCAGAAGCUUUACGUUUAAAGCGUGGGCAUGUUUUAGCCGAAUUAGUUGAAACCGAACGAAUCUAUGUUGCUGAAUUAGGUUCUAUAAUUAAAGGUUACAAAAUGGAAUUAACAAAUGAAGCAAUGGCUCAUUUAGUACCAACGGCAUUAAUAGGCAAAGGAGAUAUUUUAUUUGGAAACUUAGAAGAUAUUUACAUUUUUCACGGGGAAACAUUUUUGAAAGAUUUAGAAAAUUGUAUUUCAAAUACUGAACUUGUUGCAUUAUGUUUUGUACAAAGGCGCGAGGUGUUCUUUAGAUUAUAUAGUUACUAUUGUCAAAAUAUCCCGAGAUCCGAAAGAUUGCGAGAACAGAUACAAAAUGAACCACAGUUUCUUACAACUUGUCAACAAAGACUUGGUCACAAAUUACCUCUUGCUGCAUAUCUCCUAAAGCCUGUUCAACGUAUAACAAAAUACCAAUUGUUAUUGAAAGAUCUCUUAAAAUAUAGCGAUGAACCAUCAUGUUGUACUGAAUUACAAGAAGCAUUAGAUUGUAUGCUUGUUGUAUUAAAGUGCGUUAACGAUAGUAUGCAUCAGACUGCAAUUACUGGAUUUGGUGGUGAUCUAAAUGCACAAGGUGAACUGUUAUUGCAAGGUUCUUUCAGUGUAUGGAGUAGUAGUAAACGAGAGCGACUUCUCAGGUUAAAACCAUCACAGCGACAUAUAUUCUUAUAUGAAAAGGCUCUUAUAUUUUGUAAACAUAGUAAACCACAAGCUCAUGACAAAGCUACAUACCACUUCAAGAGAUAUCUAAAAAUGUCACAAAUUGGACUAACAGAAUCAGUAAAGGGCGAUGCAAGACGUUUUGAAAUUUGGCUACAAGGUCGAGCUGAAGUACAUACAAUACAAGCACCUACCGUUGAUGUGAAGCAAUCUUGGGUGCGUCAAAUUAAAGGCGUUUUAAUGUCUCAAUUAGCUGAACUUAAAGGGAAACAGAAUUCUGCUCUUGGAAAAACCAAUCACAAUUUUGCCCAAAAUAUUUGUAGACCCUUGCGGCAAACAAUUUCCUGGGAAGCUCAAGGCAGCGUUUCAGGGUCUUUGAGAACACUUUCAGUUGAUGGUAGUAGUGUUAUAUCACAUAUUACAGAUAUUUCACAAUCAACUGAAGAUGAUGUCGCAUGGAGUUCGGAAAACAGUAAUACUGAUGAUGAAGAUGCUUUCAGUGAAAAUCCUGGUCCUGCUCCUGGUGGAAGAUACGUAGCAUUAGCUGAUUAUUGCGCAGUUGGUCAAUCAGAAGUUACAAUGCGCGAGGGAGAUAAUUUAGAACUUCUUAAAGUUGGAUGUGCUGGUUGGUGGUUUGUAAAAUUAAUAAACACUGGAAUAGAAGGAUGGGCACCAGCAGCUUAUCUGGAACCAAUGAAUCGAAAGACUUCGCGUAGCUCGCAAUCAGUGAAUAGUCAAGAAACUAUAUGAAACAGGCGUCUAACACACUAGAUUUUCCUAGUGUGUUAGAUUCAAGCAUGUAUUUAAAGGGUAGCACUUGUUGGGGUGUAGUAUUAACAAUCACGUAUUGGGAGAUUUUAUAAUGCAUACAAAAAUAUAGAUAAGACUCGGAAAUUUUUCAUAAUAUACAUUCAUCAAUGUAAUUAAAUUUGUUUUAAAUUGUACGAUAUAGCAAUAUGUAUUUAAUCGAUUAUAAUUAAUCUGUGAAUAAUUAUAGUUAUAUAUAACUAGAAAUGAAAAAUUAGACGAGAAGAAAUUUAAGAUACUAACUUGAUUAUUUGAUUCUCUAUAAAAAAAAUAUAAAUAAAUAUAAACGAGAAAUCAAAGAAUGAAGAAAUGCAUGAACUUUUUUACUACAUAAAGAAUGUUACGAGAAAAUUUGUUGAUGAAAGUGCUUUAUGCAAGCAAAUAAAAUUUGCAUUUACUAUAUAAUAUUAACUAGAUUUAUUCUUACAAAAGAAUAAUAUUUAUAGAAUUGUAUAAAACGUAUUUGGAUAGUGGAUUAAAAAGUUUAUGCACGCACAUAUGCAUAUUUACAUAUACGUACAAUACUAUAAAAUUACUAUAAGUUAUUUAUAUUGAUUUAUAUUUAACUCUUUUCUUUGUAUUUUCCAAUAUUGCAAAGAAAAUAACUAUAAUAAGAUGCAAUCAUUUCGAUCACAUAGUUACUACUUCCAAAAGUUACAUUAGAAAUUACAAUCUAUAAAAUUUGUCUAUACUUGUGAUCUGUAUAAUAUUUGAUUAUAUGCAAAUAUUCCAAAGUUUAUAUUAGAUUUGGGAUAU